CCUGGCGACAUGGAGGACACAUUGAGUGACGAUUGGCCGCUGACUGGAGAGAGGGUCAAAUGUGUCUUUACGUCUCUGCGUCUCUUGCAAAAGAUCUGGUUCGUCUACCUCAUACUGCUAGUAGCCGCUCUCAUUUGCAUUACUUUGUCUUUCCUAAUCCUGCUAUUCACUGAUCACACGAAAGAGCUUGGUCUUGAAAAAGUCUCUGAAUUAUUUUUCCAGACGUCGCUUCAAUUCGAACAUUACACCCCUCACCUCACCUGGGGCGAGAAACUCUCUCAUGCUUUUCUUGCCCCUUUUCCCGUGUAAGCGCUUUGCCGAUAGCUCUGUCUACCGCAUUCAGACAGACUAUGAUUUCCUCCUGGUCAAGUUGUUUCGUACUGACGGUGGUCUGGCCCAGGUACUGAGAGAGGUCCACCUACUGAGACUACUGAAAGACCGGAAUAUUACAGAACUGGCAAGUGUUAUCAGGCACAGGGCAAUAACUGACCUUACGGACGUUGACCUUACUGAGAAGGAGAAAAAAGUAUUAAUGAACAGCAACACAACAACCAAAAUUGAAGAACAUCUUGGGUGGAAGGAAGUUAAGGUGGAUAAAUAUACGUUGGUGAUCACUGACAAGAAAUUAAAGAAAUUGCAUUUGCCAUCAACUAUAAUGGGGGUGGUGAGGGGAAUGGCAGCUCGCUGUGUUGGAAGUAAGAUAAGUGUGACACCAGAAAUAUAUGUUCCAGAAACUCCAGAAACAGUGCUCUGCGGUGCUCUGUGCCUUGUGUUUGACUCCGAGUCCAUUGGCUUUGCUGGAGCACUGGCCAGAGUGUUCAAGAGGGUUGGGGUGAUCAACUUUAGCAAGUCCUUCACAGACUAUGGAAAUCCAAUCCGUGCCAAUUUAGUCUCCACUGAUAUUGUCAGUAUCACUGCACCGUAUGAUAUAGCCAUGAAUGAUCGUGUGGUUGAGAUUAAAGUGGACUCAAAGUUGUUACGA